UGAGAUCUCUUUGCCUUCUUCCCUUGUAGCUUAGAUCACUCUUCCUUGCCUGGAGCUGAGAUCGUUCUGUGGCUGCAAGUCCUAGGUUAGAGUCUUUCCUGUGAAAGGCCAGGGCCUUUGUAAUCCCUGUGGGUCAGCCUCCUGCCUAGGAAGAGAAGGCAAAGACCUCUCCCCCUCCAGGACCCUUCUCCCUCCCCAGCUCAGUCUGCAGAGGACCAAGGACUGGCCCGAAGCAGGGAACCUGGAGCCAGAGGGAAUGGCCCCUGGGAGCCACAGCCCCUCACCCCAGGAGUCGGUGACAUUCAAGGAUGUAGCUGUGGACUUCACCCAGGAGGAGUGGGGCCUCUUGAACCAUCCUCAGAAGGAGUUGUACAAGGAGGUCAUGCUGGAGAAUGCCCAGAACCUACUCUCCCUGGGGCUUCCAGUUCCCAGAGAAGAUGUGAUCUCUUAUUUUGAGCAAAGGGAAGCACCGUGGAUGCCAGAGCAAGAAGGCCUGAAGAACUGCUGUCCAGAUGGUUUGAGAAGAAGCAUGAACCUUACUCAUAACUGAUUUAAACAGAAAACUGAAAAGGCUUACACAUGUAUGAAG